GAGAGAGAGAGAGAGAGAGAGAGAGAGAGAGAGAGAGAGAGAGAGAGAGAGAGAGAGAGAUGGGGGUUACAGCAGUGGUGGGUGUGUGCCUGUUGCUGACUACAGCCCUGGGGCAGAGUGUGGCCAGAGAGACUGGUGGGAAUGGUUCCCCUGUUAGAGCUGACCAUGUAACUAGUGUUACUGGUGAUACUAGUGAUACUAGUGAUACUGGUGAUACUAGUGAUGACACUAGUAGCACUGAUAUUGUAAUUGGUCGACCUGUUGAUACUGGUGAUGAUGUAACUGGUGUCGGUGGUCCGACUGGUUACUUGGGGCGUCUGCUGGUAGUCCCGAUGGACGGAAGCCACUGGGUGGGGGUUAAGGCCAUCGCCGAGGAAAUGGGUCGCCGUGGACACCAGGUUACCGUGGUGAUCCCAGAGGUGAGCAUGCGUCUGGGACCCAGCAGCCACUGCAGGACUGUGUCAUAUCCUGUCCCCUACGGCCAGGAGACAGUGGACAUGCUGAUGGACAAACAUAAAGAUAACAUUCGUGCUGGCACACUGCCCCUAGUGGAGCGGAUGACUCACCACAUGGCUAAUAUCCAGAGUGUCAGCUCCUUCAUCCUGACUACUGCUGAGAGUCUGCUGUUCAACACCACACUAAUUACAUCUCUGGAACAGCAGGGUUUUGAUGUGGUGUUGACCGACCCUCUGGUCCCUACAGGCAGUCUGAUAGCCAGGCGUUUGGGCGUCCCGUCUGUGUGUCUGCUCAGAGGGAUCCCCUGUGGUCUGGACCUGGCCGCAGCCGCCUGCCCCUCUCCUCCAUCUUACGUUCCACGCUUCUUCACUCGAUACACACACAGCAUGAGCUUUCCACAGAGAGUGGGCAAUGUACUGGUGAGUCUGGUGGAGCCGUUGCUAUGCCGACUGCUGUACUGGCGCUUCGACCAGCUGGCCAAUCGCUUCCUGGGAGAGGAUGUGGGUGUGGCUGAGGUGCUGGCAGACACCGCCCUCUGGUUGCUAAGGUAUGACUUUACGUUGGAGUUUCCCCGCCCCCUCAUGCCUAAUAUGGUGCUGGUGGGAGGGAUCAACUGCCACGUUAGGAACCCGCUGCCACAGGAGCUGGAGCAGUGGGUUUCAGGGGAGCAUGGCUUCAUAGUGUUCUCUCUAGGCUCCAUGGUGUCGUCUCUACCAGAAGACAUCACUCAAGUCUUCCUACGGGCCUUCACCCUCAUACCACAGAAGGUCCUGUGGCGGUAUACUGGACCUGUUCCUGGUAAUGUCCCAGACAACGUGAAGAUGAUGAAGUGGCUUCCUCAGAAUGACCUGCUGGCUCACCGUGGUGCACGGGCCUUCCUGACCCACAGCGGGACCCAUGGUCUGUACGAGGGGGUGUGUCACGCCGUUCCCAUGGUGAUGCUGCCGCUGUUCGGCGACCAGCCUGACAACGCUCAGCGAUUGGCUAGUAAGGGAGUGGGCGUGGUCCUGGAUAUUAAGCAUGUCACCGUGGAAACACUGCUACAGGCGCUGGACAAUGUUGUCAACAACCCCAGGUAUAAGUCCAGUGUGCUGAAGCUCUCAGCCAUUCACAAGGACCACCCAGUGGACCCCCUGGAGCUCUCUGUCUAUUGGACAGAGUUUGUGAUGCGCCACAAAGGGGCGGGCCACUUGAGAGCCGCCGCCCAAGACCUCAACUGGUUCCAGUACCACAGCCUGGAUGUGAUUGGCCUGUUGAUCGUUGUGGCAAUGGCCGUUGUCAUGGUGACGUUGAAGUGCUUGUCGCUGUGCGUGCGGAGGUUCACAACCAGGAAGACGAAGCAGGACUGACCAGUAGGGGCGGAGCCAAGAGGCAACAACAUAUAUCCACAUUUAUUUUCAAUUUUUCCUAAAAUGUUGGGUAUUAGAAUUGUGUAUACCAGCUUUUCAUAAUAAAUGCCUGGAGGACGCCCAGCCAUCCCACCUGUUCUGUUCCACCACCAGUAAAACUGAAACGGCAACAGAUUCUCUCCAUCUGAGGAUAAGGGAACAAACCAAGCGGAAAUCAGUGUGUUUGGCUAAAUGGACUGUGCACUAAUGAAUACACCACAGAAGUGUUCAGGAAAUAAAGAUGGUUGUGUGUU